UAUUGCGGUGUGGCAUCAUAUCACACGCAAAACUAAUUAAGAUCGAGAUUGUCCGUCCCAGCGUACCUCGACAUGGUCGGCGGUGAGCAGAGCCAAAUCCAAGGCAACGGCGGAAAUGGCUGCAGCGGUAAGGUGGUACAUCAGCGGCGCCUAGUGAUCAACCUCGAGGAUAAGAACCACCGGGCCGAUCUCCUCAGGUACGCGGUCAUGGUGGACGCCGCCUACAAGACGUUCGAUGAGGUGAAGAAGCACCCCGGCGAGUCCUACGAGACCGUCUUGUCCAGCCGCCUCGCCACCAAUGCUGGGUACGUCGUCACCGCCCACCUCUACGCCACCGUCGAGCCACUACCACUCCCGCCAUGGGUUGUCGACUCGUUGCCGGCCGCCAUCGCCGGCCUGAACAAGCCGUACUGGUUCGGCUACAUCGCCGUCGGCGCCGGCAAGCAGCAGGGCGACGACUGCUGGGACGACAUCGUCGUCGUGCUGCGCGGCUCGGCGACGGUCGCCGACUUCAUGAUGGACAUCCAUGUCGAACGCGUGGCGUUCCAAGGGUUGGACGGCGAACCCGCCGGCGGUGAGGUAGCCGAGGGGUUCCACAAGGUGUACAGGUCCAACGACGCGGACAAGGAGCACGGCGAGCUCAGCGUGCAGCAGCAGGUCGUCGAGGAGGUGAAGCGGCUGGCGAGGCAUCUCCGCCGGAAGCAGCAGCAGCCCGGAAAACUGAUCCGCGUCACCAUCACCGGCCACAGCCUCGGCGGCGCGCUCGCCCUGAUGGCGGCGCACGACGCCGCGGUGGCGCUGGCAGACGAGGACCGCCACCGCCGCAGCAGCGAGCCGUUGAUCGGAGUCCGAGCCGUGACGUUCGGCGCGCCGCGCGUCGGCGACGACGCGUUCCACGGCGCCCUCGCCGCGCGCCGCGUCCAAGUGUCCCGCGUCGUCGUCAAACAGGACAUAGUGCCCAAGCUGCCGGCGAACAAUGUGCUUGACGGCGACUACAACAUCGAGCUCGACGACCAUGAUGCCAGCAAGUCGCCGCGGGAGCUGAUCAAGGCACACAGCCUGGACAUGUACAUGCACCUCAUCCUGAUGACCUUGCCGAACACCGACUACUACUCCACCAUGUUCAAGAUCAACGAGACCAGUACCGAUCAGGCGCCGGAGGCGGAUGGCGAGGCCGACGACAAGCCCAAGUGGAUCAAAAUGCGAGAAGACAAUGGUGACGGCUUCAUGCGUCUGCCAGUCUCAGAUCUGGACGACGCUUUAUUAUAGACUGUCGGUACUGGUAGCAAUUUUUAAACUUUGGCUUUUUAAAAUGGGACACCUUCUUCUUUUAUAUAAAAUAUGUCGACAACGGCCCGACGGUUUGAAAAAAAAACUUUUUUCCAAACUUUGGCCAUAUAUAUGCUUCCACCGAUUCACCUGCAAAAAGUACUGAUCUAUUUUUCAUGCUUUCAUACUAUUUUUAUUACCCGGCCUCUCAAUCAUAAUGGCGCAUAUCGCUAUUUAAAAUGUACUUUUAUAUGAUUUCCGGUGAUGUUAUCUUUUUUCGAGCGAAUAAUUUCCAGUGAUGUUUUCUGUAAUAAAGUUAAAUGUGACCAUACCAUGUCAAUGACAGUCUGACAAUAAAAUUGCAUGCAUUUCUCAGUGGCUGAA